AUGGGCCAGUUCGAAGGAGAACACAAGAAGAGCCUUUGGUUGGGAAUUGAAUUGGACAAACCUAGUGGAAAGAACGAUGGAUCUGUCGGAGGAGUGAGAUACUUCAGCUGCGCCCCGAAACAUGGGGUUUUUGCUCCUCCAUCUCGAGUUCAAAGGAUCCAUGGCUCUGUGGACUGUCUCUCUGAGCUGUCCUCAGCGCGCCUUCCUCACUCAUUCAGUGGGUCGAUGCGGCGCACUUUCAGCUCCACGUCUGCGCUGUCUGUUCCAAAGGACUGGAGCAGAAGGAGCGGAGCAGUGAGCAGGAGCCGCUCUGCCCCACACCGUCGCCGCCGGAGUGCGCUCAGUGGGGGCAGUGGUGGGAGGUCGAGUGUGGCAGACCGCGGUCCGGGGCAGGUGCGGCUCCACGUCGGUAUGCAGGUGCUUCUGAACAGUGUUAACGAAAUGGCCUUCAUCCGGUACCUGGGCGCUGCGGACUUUGCCCCGGGGCUCUGGCUGGGAUUGGAGCUCCGCACGGCAAAAGGGAAGAAUGACGGCUCCGUGGGGGGGCACCACUACUUCUCCUGCCGCCCCGGAUACGGCGUGUUGGUGCGCCCCAGCAGGGUCACCCACAGAGGAAUCAACGGGUCUCUCCUGGUCCCAGACGACAGCUGA